GCGUGUAAAAUCGAAUUCCUAUUUUGCCACAAUUAGGAUGUGAGUGUGUCUGAUUUACUGAAAUCAGUCUUGCACCAUUUUUGAUUAUCUGAAGAAAAUUAGCUUGAUAAGCUAAAGUGCCUCACUGCCAUUGGACAUUGCUAUUCUAUUCAGCUUCUCCCUCCCCUUUCCAACACGAUCUGCCAUCAGUUGGUAAAAAUGAAAGAAGAAGAAAAAGAAAAACCGGGGUAGAAGAAGAAAGAAGAAGGGGGAGGACGGCGAAGAAUAAAGAAGAAGAAUACACCUGGACAAGCCACGUUUUGGAGAACAUGAGUUCUCAUAAAAUAAAACCUCUUGUAGCAUUAAAUGGUACGGCUAAAGAAGCUGGCAUUGGACCAGGCAUUGGUUUGGUUGACAUAGGCGAGAGCGAGUGUGCCUACCUUUUCCAAGUUUCUCUUCCCGGAGUUAGGGAUAAAGGACAUUUAAAAUGCGACAUACAGAGAGAUGGGAAAGUGAACAUAGAAGGUGUGAUAACAGAGUCUCAUCAACUUUUGAGAAACUCGUCUGCGGGGCUGUAUCAGGUGAACGUUCAAGAGCUUUGUCCGCCCGGACCCUUCAGUGUGUCGUUCAGUUUGCCCGGGCCGGUGGACCCCAGGCUGUGCUCUCCAACUUUCAGACAGGACGGUAUCCUGGAAGUCGUAGUAGUCAAGUUUGGUUUGCCUCACCACCUUGAAUGCGAAGGCAGCAGCUUGUCAGCAAACUGGUCAAAUGGCUGGUUUCAACCGUCUUGACUGAAUAUUAGGGUCGGUGGUUGAUAGAUGCCUCUGGCUGCAGUUACCUUUCGUACAUUUCAUGAAGAAACUAAUUAUAUAUAGACUCUAAGUUCAUCACCACUAUGUUUGAUGUAUACAUGCAGGCAUGCAUCUUUUUCUAAAUUACUUUUUACAACACAAGACCUUUAAGCCUGAUGGUGAUUACCACACUAAUUGUGCAAUGCUCUGCUAUACCCUACCUUUAUGAUUUGUUGUGUUUUGCUUUGCCUAAAUGCGUGCAUGCUUUUGUAUUGAGGACA